AGUUGAGUGAGUGCCUAUUGUUUACAAAGCGACCCCCCGAGCUUGUUUUCUGUUCAGUGUUUGUCUCUAGUUCUCUACUGCCAUUGCAGUCUUCAAAUAUUCAAUCAAAUUCGUUGGAAAAAAUGGCACUAAAAGCGAUCGUUGGACAAAAGAUUAUGGACGAAGUGAUCAAACGGAAAGAAUUUAAAAAGGGUACUGGUACUGUUGAAAAACCAAUCGAAUGGCGGGUGUUAGUAGUCGAUCAGUUGGCGAUGAGAAUGAUAUCUUCAUGUUGCAAGAUGCAUGACUUAUCGGAUGAGCGGAUCACCCUUGUGGAAGACCUGCACUUGAACCGUGAGCCGUUGCCUACAAUGGACGCCGUUUAUUUGAUCACUCCCUGUGAAAAAUCUAUCUCUACACUUAUCAGAGACUUUUCCAUUCCGGGGAAAUUCAUGUACAAAAAUGCUCAUGUAUUCUUCACAGAAGUGUGUCAAGAAGAACUCUUCAAUGAACUGUGCAAUUCGAUUGCUGCCAAAAAAAUUAAAACUCUCAAAGAGAUAAACAUCGCUUUUCUACCAUAUGAAAGUCAGGUAUUUUCUUUGGACUCUCUUGAAACAUUUCAAUGUUACUAUAAUCCACUACUAGUUAGCAGUCGCAUCCCAAACAUGGAACGUAUUGCAGAACAGAUUGCUACAGUUUGUGCUACAUUAGGAGAAUAUCCAUCAGUACGAUAUAGAAGCGAUUUUGAACGUAAUGCUGAAUUGGCUCAAAUUGUACAACAAAAGUUAGAUGCUUAUAAAGCUGAUGAGCCAACAAUGGGCGAAGGUCCAGAAAAAGUGCGUUCACAGUUAAUUAUACUAGACAGAGGAUUCGAUUGUGCAUCUCCGGUCUUGCAUGAACUUACAUUUCAAGCUAUGGCUUAUGACCUUUUGCCAAUAGAAAAUGAYGUUUAUAAGUAUGAAGCCAAUGCAGGGUCUUCUCUCAUUAAAGAAGUGUUAUUGGAUGAGAAUGACGAACUCUGGAUGGAGCUUAGACAUCAGCAUAUUGCCGUGGUAUCUAAGAAUGUGACACAGAAGUUAAAGAAAUUCUCAGAUUCUAAACGCAUGUCUGCKGUUGAUGAAGAUUGCAUGAAACAUUAUCAAGGUAGUGUGAACAGACUUUGUAAAGUAGAGCAAGAUCUUGCUACGGGUACAGACACAGAAGGUGAGAAAAUCAAAGAUCAUAUGAGGUGCAUCGUUCCUAUACUGUUGGACCAAAAUGUAUCUAGCAACGAUAAAAUAAGGAUAAUCAUAUUGUAUAUUUUAUCAAAGAACGGAAUAUCAGAAGAUAAUCUUAAUAAAUUAAUACAAAAUGCCCAACUGUCACCAAUUGAUAAACAAACAAUUGUUAAUUUGAAUUUGCUCGGUAUCAAUUCAAUUGUAGACGGUAGUAAAAAAAAACAGUAUCAAAUUCCACGUAAAGAGCGCACCUCUGAACAAACAUAUCAGAUGUCUCGAUGGACACCAGUGAUCAAAGAUUUAAUGGAAGACUGUAUUGAAGACAAAUUAGAUGCUAAACAUUUUCCUUUUCUCGCUGGCAGAGCUGCUUCAUCUGGAUACCAUGCACCAUCAAGUGCACGGUAUGGACACUGGCAUAAGGAUAAAGGCAAAGGACAACAGCUUAUAAAAAAUGUCCCAAGAGUAAUAAUUUUCGUGAUUGGAGGAAUCAGUUUUUCAGAGAUAAGAUGUGCGUAUGAAGUAACUAGUAAUUUCAAAAACUGGGAAGUAAUUAUAGGUUCAUCUCACAUACUUACACCAGAAGACUUCAUCCACAAUUUAUCAGUUUUAAGUCAGUAAAUUCACACUUAAAUAAUUUAAUAUUAUGAUUUCAUGAUUUCAUAGUUUAACUUAAAUCCUAUACAGUGCAAUACUCAGUAUAAUAGGAUUGAUUCAACUAAUUAUUCAUUG